ACAACCUCCGCGGCUCCCUCCCCCUUGGCACUCCCCAUUUGCGCCUCUGAAUCGGAUCACUCCCACAUCUGCAGCCUCCGCCGACAACACUUCUCUUCUUCCACCCAUCAUCACAUAUACAUAUCCAUCAUGGUGUCCCAUAAGGAGUUUGCAAACGCAGGGAAGCAGCCUGGCCUGCAAGUGUGGCGCAUCGAGAACUUGGACCUGAAGCCCGUUCCCAAGGCUCUGCAUGGAAACUUCUACAGCGGAGAUGCCUACUUGUUGCUUUUCACCACUUCCGCCCCCUCCUACAGCAUCCACAUGUGGCUCGGCGAGGAGUGCUCGCAGGACGAGAGCGGCGCCGCCGCCAUCUUCGCCACUCAGCUGGACGACUUCCUGGGUGGCGGGCCGGUGCAGUUCCGGGAGAUUCAGGCCUGCGAAUCCAACACCUUCCUCGGCUACUUCAAGACGGGCAUCACAUACAAGAAAGGUGGUGUGGCGUCCGGCUUUCAACACGUGGUGACCAACGACGCCAACGUGAAACGACUGCUUCACAUCAAAGGUCGCCGGGCCAUCAGAGCCACCGAGGUUGAGAUGACCUGGGCUAGCUUCAACAAGGGGGACUGCUUCAUUAUUGAUCUGGGAAAGGAUAUCUACCAGUGGUGCGGCAGCGAGUGCAACCGCUACGAGAGGCUGAAGGCCUCCCACAUGGCCAUCCACAUCCGAGACAACGAGAGGAACGGCCGAGCUAAGCUGCACAUGGUGGACGAGGGCCAAGAGCCGCAGGCCAUCACGGAGGUGCUGGGACCCAAACCUGCCAUUGCACCAAGCACUCCUGAUGAUGAGAAGGUGGAGGCCUCCAAUAGGAAGAAGGGCGCCCUCUACAUGAUCUCCGAUGCUUCGGGUUCCAUGAAGUUGACUGUGGUGGCCGCAUCCAGCCCCUUCAAACAGGCCAUGUUGUCAUCCGACGAGUGUUACAUUCUGGAUAACGGAGUGGACAAGAACAUAUUUGUUUGGAAAGGUCCAAAGGCCAACGUGUCAGAGCGCAAAGCCGCCAUGUCAGCAGGCCAGAAGUUCAUUAAAGACAAAGGGUACAGCAACAAGUGCCAGCUGCAAGUGCUUCCCGCAGGAGCCGAGACAAUCCUCUUCAAGCAGUUCUUCAGUGACUGGAAGGACAAAGACCAGACCACCGGGCCGAGUCAGGCUUACACUAUUGGCCGCAUCGCUAAAGUGGAUCAGGUGCCCUUUGACGCCUCCAGCCUGCACUCCAAUAAGGCCAUGGCAGCUCAGCAUGGCAUGGUCGACGAUGGCACGGGCAAGUUCCAGAUUUGGCGUGCGGAGAACGGUGAAAUGGUUCCUGUAGAUCCUGCAUCGUACGGCCACUUCUAUGGCGGCGACUGUUACAUCAUCCUCUACACCUACAAGACAGGACAACUGAUUUACACUUGGCAGGGGCUGAAGGCGACGCAGGAUGAAUUGACUGCUUCAGCGUUUCUCACCGUCAAGUUGGAUGACUCAAUGGGAGGAUCACCAGUUCAGGUGAGAGUGACUCAGGGCCAGGAGCCCCCUCACUUGAUGAGCCUGUUCAAGGGCAGACCCAUGAUCAUCCACAGCGGAGGAACAUCACGUAAAGGUGGACAGACCCAAUCUGGCAGCACUCGCCUCUUCCACAUCCGCCAGAGCACCUCCCACGCUACCCGGGCCGUGGAGGUUGAUGUUUCCGCUUCCAACCUGAACACCAAUGACGUGUUUGUGCUGAAGUCACCGAGCGGUCUGUUUGUGUGGCGAGGCGUGGGCGCCAGCGACAACGAGAUGGAGGCCGCCAAGCACGUGGUGGGCUUCCUCGGAGGAAGCGCCAGCCAUGUUGCCGAGGGAAAAGAGCCAGCUGCAUUCUGGACCGCUCUGGGUGGCAAAAAGGAAUACCAGACAUCCAAGACUCUGCAGAACAUGAUCAAGCCACCACGCCUGUUUGGCUGCUCCAACAAAACCGGACGACUCACUGUUGAAGAAGUUCCUGGAGAUUUCACUCAGACUGACUUGGCCACGGAUGAUGUCAUGAUUCUAGAUACUUGGACCCAACUCUUCCUUUGGAUCGGCAAUGAAGCGAACGCACAGGAAAGGACCGGAGCUCCCAAAUUAGCAAGGGAAUAUCUGGAUUCAGACCCGUCCGGCCGCAAGGGGCUGCCCAUCACCACCAUCAAGCAGGGAGCGGAGCCGCCAAUUUUCACCGGCUGGUUCCACGCCUGGGACCCCAAGAUGUGGGAGACGGAUCCCUUGGACAGAAUCCGCGCUCGAUUCUGAACAGCAAAAUCUUUCGCCAACUUUGCACUUAUUUAGCUCCAUUUGCCAUUUUGGUUGUUUUACCUCUAAUCCCGAAGUGCCAAAAGCAAAGAUGUAAUCAGAUUUAAAGGCGGGGAGUGCUUUUUAGAAAAUGAUGCUUUUGACAAUUGGAUUUUUUAUUUUUAUUUUUUGCAUUCAACAAUGAGUCAUCCUCAUUUGACCACUUUUUAUUGUUUUAAAAAAAAAAAACUUUAUGCUAUGCAAAAUAAUUUUAGACAGUGCACUUAGUUAAUAUCAACCUACUUUUUUACCACCAUACACACCAUUCGAUCCAUUGUUUCCACACUUUAGUUCAUGCCGGAUUGUUGCGCUUACUAGAAGUUGCAUGCUGCAUUUUUAUCCUGCUGUAAAACGUGUCGAAGUAUAUGCAUGCACACAUUAAGCACUGUGUCCAUGAAAUACUCUCAUGGGUGGCUUUAAAAUAAAACUCUUUUGAGUUAAAACACA